UAAUGUUAGAAUGGCUUUGUUACGUUUACUUGGUUUUAGAAUUCACUCUUUUUUGUUUUGAAUGACCCAAAAAGUCUAAAUAACUAAAUUUCUUUUUUUGCUUUAGUUUACUGUUCACGCUCUCAACACUAUCAUCAUUUUCGUCAUUAUGGACGUCAAUGUAUACAAAAGACCGCUACCAUUGAACGGUGUUCAGUGGUCGAUAGCAAACAGAUGCAUCAUCGGAACCAGCUCGCGGGUAUUCAUAGUGUCGCCGCAAUUGACAAUAGCCGGGGAAAUCCCAGUAAAGCGCGAAGUAUCCGCAACCAUCGAGAUGGAGACCGAUAUCGAGGCCAUAUCCCUUUUGGAAAACCUCCCUAGCGCAUUCCCGUAUUCGAACGCAAUUGCAGUUCUGACAAGCCACUCUUCCGUCCGUCUCUUAGCCUCGCGGGCAAACCCCAAUGCGUCCAAUUGGACGGAGGUGGCCAGGCAUCAGUUUGGGUCGGCUGGCGACCACGUUUGCGCCAUCAGCAGCUGUGUGGUGGCAGGAUCCGACGACCAAGGUGCUCCAGUGGUGGCGUGCGGGACAGUAAGUGGGAACAUUGAGUUUCUGCGUGUAAAUACUACACAUGACAGUGAUAACAGCAACAACAUCAGCAGCGAGGAUUCGAGCAUUGAAGGUGCAAACACUGGCGGAGCGCGCAUGGAAGUGGCUUUGCGAUUGGCAGUAUCCAACAGGGUCGUGGCAUAUAUGGCCUGGCUGACAGGUGCCGCACCAAGCAAUGACGGCCAGCUGUUAGUGUCAUGCGCCAUUGACGGCACCACAAAGCUCUGGCUAGUGUCUAAAGACGUCUCGCAAGCGCAAGAGGUAUCCGCAGUGGUGAGUAAGCGGGAUUGGCGCCCAGUCACCUCCCACGCAUCCACCAGAAACAUUGCAGUCUUGGCCAAACUCGGAACGGCCAUUAUCGUAGACAUUCGACCAUCAGGAUCAUACCAAACGCAGUGCGUGCCUCUGGGCAUAUCGCAGACACUCAUAUCUUGUGUGAUUGACGAGGAUAGAGGUAGAAUAUACGUGGGGUCGCAUGAUUUCGUGGUCUUUGUUUUGGCGUGCGAGAAUGGGAAGUGGUCCAGGGCGUAUGGGGAGGAGGCACCUAUGCGGGAUGCGUUGCGCAAGACUGUUAUUCAGUCAUUCACCACCAAGUUCAACAUGAAGACUAUGUUUUUGCGCGGAAUGACACUGUCUCCCAAUGGACGCUACUUGGAAUUUGUCGCAGACGAUCAGAUAAACUGGGACUUGGAAGUUGACGGCCUUGGAAUUACGCGUAUUCACCAUUAUCAGUUCCCCGAUUGGAGCACAAGGUCCGCUGAACGCUCGCUGAUGAAAAUAAUUAAUGGCGAGUACCAGGGCGUUCUGAAAUAUAAUCUGUGGGAUGUGCUCAACAAUAGCACCAUUGUGAGAAUCAGAGAAAUUGUAGAGUUUUUGCAGCAGAUAGACACGAUGUUCAGCGCUUCUGAAGAUAUGAAGAGGCAACAUCUGGCUGUUUUAAACUAUAUUGGCUGCGUGAUAAAAGUAAGUUUUUUGUAUUGAUUAAUCUUGUCUAGUUGUUCCUGUCUAGCUGCUUGCAUGUGUUUU